AUGCGUACACCCCCCAUACCUUUCCCCCCCUCCGAAAAAUUCUUCAUCCUUUCCCUCUGCACCCUCCACAACAUCCGCCUCAACCACCGCACCAGCCGCAACACCUGGCCGCAAAUCAUCUUCGCCCUCGAAGUCGAAGCUCCCCUCCACUAUCCCGGUGGUGAACACUUCGACGCCGACCCUUGGCCCCCAAGAAUCUACAUCACUUCAUCUCUCAGAAAUUACGUCGAACGCUGGAUGCUCGAGGGAAAAAGAGAUGAGAUAGCGAGGUUGAGAGCGGAGGGAGGGAGAACGUUGACGGAGAUUAUUGAAGAACAUAUUGAGUCGGGAGAAUGUGUUAGGACGAAUUUUUGGGGCUGGGAGAUGGAGCCUGGAUGGGUGUAG